UUUCAUGCGCCAUCCAACAUAAAUACACUACUGAAGGAAAAAAAUGGUCUCCCAGCACCAUUCUAUUUUCUGUGCUUCCUAGAUUCCUGAUAGCAAGGGAUAGAGAGAGCGAGAGAGAGAGUGAGAGGGAGACUCAGAUUGCCACAGAGAGUGAGGGGGGAGAGAAGAGGGAGAACUCGAUUCCCAGUUUCUUCUUCUUCCCUCUCUUCGCUGUUCUGCUGUGAUCUCCCGACUCUUGGCUAAUUUUCGACUGAAAAAAUGUUGGAAGCCUUCCUAAGUUCUAUUGAUUGGGAGUUGGAAUCAUAUCCGGCGUACGAGGAUUUCUACGUUCUGCCCUUCCUCAUCCUCCUCUUCCCCUUCGUUCGAUUUUUUCUUGAUAGAUUCUUGUUCGAGAAAGCUGCAAAUCGUUUUGUACUAGGAAAUAAAUUUGAGAAGGUUGAUUUGGAAACAGAAGAUGGAAGAAAAAAGAUAAGAAAAUUCAAGGAGUCAGCUUGGAAAUGUUUAUAUUUUCUUUCAGGAGAACUAUUAUCUCUGUAUGUUACGUACAAUGAGCCAUGGUUCAAAGACACAAGAUAUUUUUGGGAAGGGCCAGGAGAUCAGGUUUGGCCUGACCAAAAGAUAAAGUUAAAACUCAAGGCUUCUUAUAUGUUUGCUGCUGGAUUUUACACAUAUUCAAUAUUUGCAUUGAUGUUCUGGGAAACAAAGCGGUCUGACUUUGGGGUUUCAAUGUCUCAUCAUGUUGCAACUGUUAUCCUUAUAUUGCUGUCUUACAUCUUCAGGUUUGCACGCGCUGGUUCAGUUGUUCUGGCCAUUCAUGAUGCAAGUGACAUAUUUUUGGAGAUUGGAAAGAUGUCAAAAUACGGUGGCUACGAACAACUUGCAGGCUUCUCAUUUCUUCUCUUUGCUUCUUCAUGGAUUAUUCUUCGUCUGAUAUAUUAUCCUUUCUGGAUCCUUAGAAGCACAAGUUAUGAAGUUGUAUUAACGUUGGACAAGGAGAAACAUAAAUUCGAAGGUCCAAUAUACUACUACGUGUUCAACACCCUAUUGUUUUCAUUACUUGUACUUCAUAUUUUCUGGUGGGUUUUAAUCUACCGAAUGCUUGUAAAACAAAUCCACUUGAGAGGCCACAUUACUGACGAUGUUCGAUCCGAUUCUGAAAUUGAAGAUGAACAUGAAGAUUGAGUUAAUGGCAUGAUCAUUUAGUUUUGGAUCACCAUUUUUUUGUUUUUGAUGAUUCAUCUCCCAGUGGUGGAAGCAAGUUAAGCAUCCUUCUUUUUGUUUCAGAAACUUACAACCAGGCUUCCACAACCACAAACUCAAAUGUUUUGUAUCGUUUAAUUGUGAGUACUUGCCAUCUGAGGAUAGGUCAAGGUUUUUGUACAUCAGAUUUAGAGUUUUUAUUCAGAUGGUGGUAGGCUUGAAGGGAGUGUGUGCAUUCAACUUUGAAAAAUUGAUUCUAUCUUUCCACUCCAGAA